AGAAAAUCUCCCCUUUUUAGCGCAGUCAGUAGAGGAACGAUACGAAGCACUUCAAGCUCUGUGCAGGCAGCUGAUGAUGGUGAACGAGACGCUGAAGAGUGAACUAACGAGAUUAAGUUCUGUCUACCAGAAGGCUUUCAGCGAGCGAAGCCUGUUGCUUGACGAGUUGGUUGAGCAUCAUUCCAGUUGCUCAGCUGCACUGAAGACCGAUUACUCACUCGGAACCUCCCACCAGAAAAGACAUUCAAACGCCACUAGCGAACCUCCUAUGCCGAAGAAACUUCGCGGACUACAAUCUCCGGCUGGUGAGGUCAAGCCACCACCUCCAUCCUCUCCACAAACCAGACGUCCGCCUGACUCGGUAGUUCCACCGCACGGCAUAGUCGAAUGCGUUUCCAACCUCUGGUCUGAGCAGGAUCCUGAGGACGAGUUUUCACCUUCAAGUUCUGAAACUACACUUCCUAGCCACAGUUCCGGUUCCCACGGUUUAUCUGUGCAAUCGGGCUCAACUACUUACGGGACGACUCCCGCGUCCAGAUGGCAAUCAGCCGAGAUUUCGAAGUCACCGUCGGCCGCUUCUUUGUCGAUGGAAGCUAGUCCCUCUAUGUCCGUGUUCACAACUCCUCAGCAGCAACGACCAACGAAGCAACCGUCGCUGGUUACCAGUUCAGUCGUUUCUUCUUCCGGCACCGGCGUGUCAUACAUACAUUCGGGUCCUAGAUCGUCUUUGGCUGGAUUUCAGAGCGUUAAGAAUUUCCCGGUAGUUACUCGAAGCGUCAGCAUCAUUCAAACAUCCAAUGUUUCUCGCUCCGUCGUUCCAAUGAGUGUGGUGCUCAGUCCGACGUCACCAGCUCUGCUGAACACCCAAUCGGCCAUACGUGGAGCCCGAACCGUGCAGUCUCCUCAAACAACAGCCAGCUUGCGUUUUACAGGGCCAUCAUCAGGUCAGCGAAUUGUUAUCCAACCACCUAGCGGGAACGCUAGGUCACUUCUGGUUCAAUCUUCUGAAAAUGUGCUCAGCGGUCUUUCCGGAGAUUUUCACUGAAUCACGUGACUAUCAAAAGACAACUUUGUAUAGUACUUUACCCCUUAUACACAUUAAACCGCACUGUUUGACAUGGUAUGAUUACGUGUACAGACUAAUAUUUUCAAAUGAUGAUGUAUUUCAUUGUUGCGGUGGUCUUGGUGCCAGAUAAUAACUGCUUCUCUG